AUGAACCCUACGAAUCGGGCUUAUCUUCAUAUUGAAGAAGUAUCUCUUCUUAUUCAGCAUGCAAAAAUCAGCCGUGGGAUUCGGCUUACACACGCAAAAGCUCUUUCUAAAGGUACGGCCGAGUACCCACUUACCAGAGUAGAGGUUAAAACACUCACAAUUCAUUCUGGUGUUCUAAGUGAAUCUCUCGAUAAUGUUAUACUCGGUCAACUACCUAAAAGGAACAUUAUUGGAUUUGUCGAAAAUGACGCAUUCAACAAUCAUCGUAGUAAAAAUCCCUUUAACUUUAGACACUUUAAUAUCAACCAUUUCUCUCUGUACGUAGAUGAUAUGCAAAUUCCAACAAAGCCUUUGCAACCAGAUUUCUCAACAGGAAAGCUAUACAUUGAUGCUUAUCAAACUAUGUUUUCCGGAACGGGGAUGUAUUUAAUGAACGAGGGAAAUAAUAUUGAUCGUUUUGAUUACGCAAAUGGAUACUGCCUCUUUGCAUUUGAUCUUACUCUUGAUCUUUCUACAAAUUGUCAAUCACACAGGAAUCUCGUUAAACAUAGCAGCCUUCGCAUUGAGUUUCGUGUAGAAGAAACACUACAACAAACUAUUAAUUGUAUAGUCUAUGCAGAAUACGACAAUGUCUUGGAAAUUGAAGCGUCCAGGCAGGUUAUAGUAGAUUACAGCGGUUAA